AUGGAGCCGCGUGUGGGGAACAAGUUCCGUCUUGGUCGCAAGAUUGGGAGCGGGUCAUUUGGAGAGAUCUAUCUAGGUUUGUUCGAUUACAUUUCCCCCUUAUAUUUCCUCUGCCUUGUUUUUAUUCGAGGUCGUAUAUUUUCAUUCUUAUAAUUUCACUUUUUGAUUAAAAUGUUUUUAGGGACUAACAUCCAGACCAACGAGGAAGUGGCCAUUAAGCUUGUGAGUUUCUAUUCCCUGCUGCAUUUUUACCAUGAGAUCAUCGUCUUUUCUUGGCCAGAUAAGUUGCUUUUUUGCGUAAAGGUUUCCUGAAAAUAACCGUCAUUUUUUCUCAUGACAUUUCAUACUUUUUAGUUUCGGGAAAAAUUAAGGCGACUUCUCAAAAUGUUUGAAAUCGAGUAAUACGUUCCUCGGUUACGCACAGUUGGAACUAUCUAGUGAAUUUGCAGCCUAGGUCGGUUCGGGAUAAUGUUUCUUGGACAUUACUGGAGGAAUUAUUUGAGGAACGAUGUUAUAAUUUGCUUGGAGUAUCAGAUAUUAUCUUGAAAAGGGUUACCAACUUCAUAUAGACAAAGGCGUUCAAGUUCUAUAAAUUCAUUUAGUCACAUUUUAACCUUUUUUGAUAUCUGGUUUUGGUUUUGUUGUAGGGUUACAAUCGUGUGAAUAGGCCCUGAUAUCUUCCAGUUUCUUUCAAGAUAUGGAUGUAAUUCAAAUGAUACUGUUUUACCUCGAUUGUAACCAAGCUUAGGUGAGAGAUAAUGAGUAUGCAUAAUGUUUGGGUUUGUUGUAAGAUCUUGUCCUUGAUAGCUGGUAAGGCAUCUAAUUCGAGCAUUGGAAGGAGGGCCAUUGAGUUGCUGCUUACGUGGCUAAAGUUGACAAAGGGACUCUAUCUUCUGAUCGAUUCCCUCAUCAAGCUGGAGCCAUAAUUGGGAAGGGAUAGCUAUUCAUGGUCAUGACAUAUUCUUGACUCAGAUUGGGUUGAGGAUUAAAUGUAGUUCUACAUUAUAUGAUGUCAUCACUGUGGUGGAGUCAAGAUUGAGACCCAUGUCUUGGAUUAUGUCGGUUUUGGUCUAAAUGAAAAAAUCCAUGAACGACAGAAAAGGUAGCUGUCUUUUAAAUUUAAAAAAUGAAGACGGAAGGAAAUCACAUUUGGGUUUAUUAUUUGUAUGUCAAAGAGGAAUAUGUAUUGAUAGGGGAAAGGAAGAAGAAAUUCAAUGGUUUCUCUUAAUCUUCAGUCCUAUACUGGUUCCGAAUUUAUGAAUGUGUAGCAUAGUUGGUUAUACGGGGUAGAAUUGUUUGCAUUCUGUUUAGUAGAGUGCUUCAGUGCCGCACAUCUUUAGACUUUGUUCAAGAAAGGUGAUUGUGUAGGAACUAAUUUAACAGAAAAAGCGUGAUGAAAUGGGAUCAGGUUUGCUUGAACAGCUUGGGAAGAGAACAAAAUAGAGAUCGGAUGAGAGGACAAGGCUACUGAUGACAGGACGGAAAUAUUGACCAUCUGAGGGAAGCUGAUUAUGUUGUGUUCUAGAGGGUGCAGUCUUGCAACAAAAUGCUGGGGCUUACUUUUGUCACAUCCCUUCUGUUUCUUGGCUUCUGCUUUCCAUAUGUUCUGGAAUUAUCCAACAUCUCCAUCCCAGAAUCUUUGGUCGAUUUUUUUUGUGAAAUUCUUUCCCUGUACAUAGGACGUCAAGUACCCAUCUCUUCUUCUCCUCUGCAGGAAAAUGUCAAGACCAAGCAUCCUCAGUUGUUAUAUGAAUCAAAGCUGUACAGAAUUCUACAAGGAGGAAGUAAGAAACUGAACACUGUCGAUAUUUUCCUGAUUCAUGGUGAUUCAUUAUUUCUAUGGGAGGUACCAAUAUCAUUUUGUCUUAUUUUUCCAGCCGGAAUUCCCAAUGUAAAGUGGUUUGGUGUCGAAGGUGAUUACAAUGUUCUUGUGAUGGACUUAUUGGGACCAAGCCUUGAAGAUCUUUUCAACUUCUGCAGUCGAAAAUUAUCUUUGAAGACUGUGCUAAUGCUUGCAGAUCAAAUGGUAAAACUUCAUUCGCUGGCUGUUUAUACGCUAAUUUGGUCCAUUGAACACUUGGCCGUAUUUUUUUUCCCUUUUAAUUGCCCUGUGCUCUUUGAAUAUUAUUCAGAUCAAUCGGAUAGAGUAUGUGCACUCCAAAUCCUUUUUGCAUCGAGAUAUAAAGCCAGAUAAUUUUCUUAUGGGCUUGGGAAGGCGUGCUAAUCAGGUUCUUUUCCCACUCUCGCUUUAACUUUUCAUUAAUGGUAGGCCUAAACCGGCUGCAUUUUUUUCCCAUCCAUUUAGGUGUACAUUAUUGACUUUGGCCUUGCAAAGAAAUAUAGAGAUACUUCAACCCACCAGCACAUCCCCUACAAGUAAGUUGAAUCAUGAACCCUCACUGUACUUGUAUUAAAAUGCUAGCGAUUGAUUUAUCCUUAAGAAUUACUCGUAUAUUUAUUCUUUUUUUUUCGAGAUAAAUUUUAUCCGCGUAUAUGAUGAUGCCUCAUCUUGUUUUUUUUAGUUGUAGUCUGGUUUUAGUAUCCUUCAAUCAUAUUCCCGACAAUUUCAGGGAUAAUAAAAGCUUGACAGGGACAGCAAGAUAUGCUAGCACGAACGCUCACCUUGGGAUUGGUAUGCGCCGUGUAGUCUGUUCUUGGUAUUAUUUGUUGCAGCUAUUUUGCCUAGUAGCCUCAAAUUAAUAUAGCUUGUGAAUAUGGUAUGCUUUUUCUCUAUGUGAUAUACUCACUAGCCAUGUUCUGUGAUUCCUAAGAACAAAGCAGGAGAGAUGAUUUGGUAUCUCUUGGAUAUGUUCUCAUGUAUUUCUUAAGGGGAAGGUCUGUUUCUCGCCUAAAUAUUACCCAUCCUGCUGUCAUUUGUCUUAGAUGCUUACUUGUUGCUCUCCCUCAGUCUUCCCUGGCAGGGACUAAAAGCUGGAACUAAGAAGCAGAAGUACGAAAAGAUCAGCGAGAAGAAGAUUUCCACUUCAAUUGAGGUAUCUUGGAACAUGAUUUCCACUUUACUGAUUAAAAUAUUUGCCUAUUCCCUUGGAAAUCAUAUUCUCCAAAGUUGAAAAUUUUUCACAUUAUUAAAUAUUUGUUGUAAUCUAUAAAAAUGUUUACUUGCAGGCUUUAUGUCGUGGAUAUCCUGCAGAAUUCACAUCGUACUUUACGUACUGCUGUUCCUUGCGUUUUGAUCCCAAACCAGAUUAUGCUUAUUUGAAGAGGAUAUUCCGUGAUCUCUUUAUCCGAGAAGGUAUCCUAUCCGAGUUGGGAGUGGUUGAAAUUAAUAGAAAAAAAUUCUUCACGAUAUAUUUGAUAUCUCGUCGUUUGAUUGAUCAUUUGCAUUCACGAAUUCCUGUUUUGCAGGCUUUCAGUUUGACUACGUGUUUGACUGGACAAUUUUAAAGUACCAGCAGUCUCACUCCAGUGUACCUCCGCGUACCCUGGUAAGUUAAUCGUGUUUUCAUAGCUUUUAAGCUUUUUUUUUUUCUCACAUAAUUUCUGUUCAAUGACAUCUUGCUCCUUCUUAGCGUCCUAGUGCUGGGCAAAGCUCUGGUCUGGCUCCUGCCAUUGGCAAUGCAGAGAGACAGUCAGGUGGUUCCUUCUUGAACUUAGUCAUAUUUUUUAUUUUUUUUUAUUUUUUUAAGUCUUAUAUUUCAAUCUUGUUCGAUCCAAAGAUGCCAUGACUUCUUUUGCCAUCAGUAUUCAUCUGUAGAUUUCUCUUCUUUUGCAUCUUUAAACCCAUCAAUAUUUUGAGAAAAAAUUACAUCCUUGAACCAUCAAUCAGCUCUGAUCUUUACAUCGAUCCAGAGUCACCGGCGAAUGAAUUGCUCAAUGAGCUGCUGCCCGAGUACUAAGAAGAUCAUCUCAGAUGGCAUUUCCUUGAAUGAGGCAGUGCUUGACUCUAUCAUCACAUUAAUGAGCCUUAUGCAUCAAUCAAAAUUACUAUAAGUGAAUAUGCUCGGAAUAUUCCAAAUCACCAGCAUCCACAUCAUCUCUCUAUUCAGGGGCCCCACAGCCCUCCUGAUGAGUCAACUUCUCUUCUGGGUCUCAUUCAUCCAGUUUACAACAUAAAUUGUUCAAUGCUAGCUGAUUCUAUCGUGGUGGGUGCUGCUGCUGCUGUCAUUUACUAUAAAUAUGGGUUGCUCUUCUUCACUCAGGUGGUGAAGAAGGAAGGGUGAUUGGGUGGAGCACAGGAGAUCCAUCUCGUCGUCGAGCUGCAGUACCAGAUGUGGGCUCAGGAAGCUUAUCGAAGCAGAAGACUCCUGUCACAGCCGAUCUGGAAAAUUCGAAAGAGUACAUGGUGAGUCAAUGGCUCUUCCCAUUUCUGUUUAUAAUCUUAAUCGAAUUGGGGAAAGUGGCUAUCUUCGUAGAAGAACAUCAGGAUUAGAAGUCAGCUUUCUGUUUGUGUCACAUAGGGCUCUGACCCACCCUUCUCGUUGGUUGACUUUCGCGCAAUGCUCUUGAUCAGCUAAAUCACUUAUUUCGGUUACUGAUUGUUGCAGAUAUUCGAGUAAUUCAAUAUGUUUUCUGGGUUUCAGAAUCUUGUAUUGAGCAGCAACCUCUUUUUGGCGUUGACUAAUUUAUUCUCUCAACCUCUUUUUGGCUCACCUAUGCGGGCUCCUUGGAGCAGCAACCUACGCUCUCUCUUAAAAAUAAAAUAAAAUAAAAAUAAAAAUCCUUUCAUCAAUGCAUUCAUCUCAUGGUUUCUUCUUUUUCUCACUCAAGAAAAUGAUGUUUGGCCUCUCUCUCUCUCUCUCUAUAUAUAUAUAUAUAUAUAUAUAUAUAUAUUUAUAUACAUCUGCAGAUGUCUGGCUCGACGUUUUUGGGGAGGCCAAGUGGUGGGUCGUCAAGGCGGGCCGCCAUUUCCAGCGGCAGGGAGGCAACCGGCAGUGAGUUUGACCCUCCUUCACGCUCAAGGACGAGGACAGAGGCGAACCCCGGGGGUCUCCACAAGUUCUCGAGCGCUCAAGGGAGCUCCCCCGUGCUCUCUGCGGAGCCCAUACGACCCUCCUCCGACCUCCAAGGCAUCCUCAAAGCCCUCGAGGGCCUCAGAUUUGACAGCUAUUAG